AUGCCACCAGUCCUGCCUCUGGCACCGAAGCUUCACGGAACACGAAACAAAGCUUCUUUCUACAUGAUUCUACAAAACACCGCAAACGUUCGGCGAGUGGACAGCUGCAUAGAGUCUGCAGAGGCGGCCUGUGACAUUCUCUCCCAGUCGGUGAACUGUACCAUUAAGACCCUGGGGCUGAUUUCCACAGCGAGGCCGAGCUUCCUGGAUGUGUCUCAGGAGGUGACGGUGGUGUUUGUCAACUCCAAGUCCCUGUCCUCUAUCAAGAUUGAUGACACCACAGUGGACGACCUGUCCUUGAAGGUGCUGGUUGCCAACAACAGUGACACGCUGAAGAUGCUGAAUAUGAGCAGCUGCCCUCAUGUCUCCCCAGCAGGUAUCCUGUGUGUGGCAGACCAGUGCCACGCUCUGAGGGAGCUGGCUUUGAACUACCACCUCCUGAGUGAUGAGCUCCCGUUUGCCCUCUCCUCUGAAAAACACGUCCACUUGGAGCCCCUGCGUGUUGAGGUGGCGAGCGAAAACCCCGGCCAGAUUCACUUUCACACCAUCAAGAGGAGCAGCUGGGAGGCUUUGGUCCGACACUCCCCCAAGAUGAACGUCGUCAUGUACUUCUUCCUCUAUGAGGGAGAGAUCCCCGUCGCCCACCUGUACUUUGGCCGGGCGGUUAGCAAAGAGAUGCUGGGCCGCAUCGGACUGAACUGCCCUCGGCUGGUGGAGCUGGUCGCGUGCGCCAACGGCCUCGAGCCCCUGGACGAGGACAAAAGCUUGACGGCCAUCGGACUCGGGGAGUGCGAGGUGACCUGCAGCGGCUUUGUGGAGUUUGUGAAGAUGUGUGGGCGCAGGCGGACUCAGCUGUCAAUCAUGGAGGAGGCGCUGAUCCCAGACAGAAGCUACGACAUGGAGCAGAUCCACAGCGAAGUGUCCAAGCACCUGGGACGCAUGUGGUUCCCUGAUAUGAUGCCCACCUGGGAGGGUGACUCAAAUGUAAUAUGAGAAUUACAUUUGAGUCAUUAAACACAUUGAUAGUGGCCACAGUUUUUCUUACUGUUAAGCAGUUGUAAAGCUUGUGUCGUGCUCUUUUCUGGACAAUAACUAGUCGAGAGACAGGUUCUCUGCCAUCAGUGUUCUGGCUGGUUUUCUUGAACAUGGGACAUUGGGUCAUUUUGAUUUUCAUGUAAGACUAAUAAUGUCCCCUGAUAAUUUUUUUUUCCCAUUUAAAACAUUGUUGUUUUUUACUGGCUGUCUUGUGAACCCUCCACUUUCUAUCAACACAUAGAUAUUGUAAUUAAGUAAGUAAGUCAUAUGAUUAAACAUUGUAUCACACAGUGAUACAAUGGCCAGAAGAUAGUGUUAAAAUGUUUUAUGUUGUCAAGCUUUAAAAAAAUAUAUAUUUCAGUUGUACUUAGUUUU